AUGACAGCAACAGCAGCGGUAGCGGCUACAGCGGCGGCGGCGGCGGCGGCGGCUGCAGUGGGGGGCGUUUCUCUGGGGAGCAAGAGGAACCAGCCUACGCCGCGCCGGAGAACGGCGGUGGCGCUUCGGCGGUCCCCGCCGUUCUCCACACUGAUCUGGCGACGGAAUACAAGCUCAGUCCGACGACGGCGGCGCAGAUCACCGUUGGCGCCUCCUCCUCCUCCUCGCCUCAGAAGAGAAGGUUCGCUACCUGGAACACGGUCUCCUUCUUCCUCUCACUCUCCCGUACCAGAGUUUGAGGUCCCUAACCGCGGCAAUCGCCCUUGCAGUAGCCGGCGGUCGGUGCAGAAGCGGGUGGUCUCCAUCCCCAUCGCGGAGGCGGAGGGAUCCCGUUCCAAGGGAGGAGUAAGCGACGGCGGCGGAGCUCCGCCGUCGGACUCCUGGGCCUGGCGCAAGUACGGCCAGAAACCCAUCAAGGGCUCCCCCUACCCAAGGUAAUAAUUAAACAACCUCCCCGCCAUUUCCGCUGCUCCUGCUGAGAGAAUUCACCUUCAUCUUCAUCUCUCUCCUAUUCUCUGGCAGGGGUUAUUACCGGUGCAGCAGCUCCAAAGGCUGCCCAGCUCGGAAGCAGGUGGAGCGUAGCAGAGCUGACCCCUCCUUGCUCGUCAUAACCUACGCCUGCGAGCACAACCAUCCUUGGCCGCUCCCCAAGAACCACCAACAGCAGCAGCAGAAGGAGGGCAUUCACCGGCGGCAGCCCUCCGCCGCAGCCGGUUCGCCGUCGAAACCAGCGCUGGGGAAGCAAGAAUCAGAGGCCAUCGUGAGCCCUCCACCUGCAACUUCUUCCUCCCCUUCCUCCGCUGGCGACGGCCAGAUCUUCGCCGCCGAUCUGUCGCUGGCGAUGAUGGCCGACGAAUUCGGCUGGUUCUCCGACGUCUCGGCCUCGCCGCCCGCCGGAGACGCCUUCCUCGGCGGGCCCAUCGGCGACGGCGGAGCUCUGAUGAUCCCGCCGGCCGUAGACCAGGAGACCGACGACUUCGCCGGAAGCGAGGGGGCGGCGCCGGAGGAGGAGGAGGCGCUUUUCGCCGGGCUCGGGGAGCUGCCGGAGUGCGCCGUCGUGUUCCGCAGAGGCUUCCUCGACCGUCAGAUUCGGAUGCAGAUAGACGGGAAAGACGACCGCCUCCUCUGGCGGAUGAGAGAGAAAGAGCUGGAGCUGGAGAUAGAGAGAGAGGGAGAGAGAGGGUGUGUCGCUGCGUCGAGAUGA